AUGAAGUGGAGAAAAAAGAUAAUGGUUUCAUGCAUCUUAAAACCGCCUCUCUUUAUACUGCUAUUUCUUCCACUAACAUCCUCAAACGACGCAUAUAGAAAUUAUAAAGAUGGCGACGUUAUAGUUGGUGGUCUUUUUCCCAUCCACUAUUCUAACACUGGUGAUCACUGUACUGAGCUUUCUACCACUGGGCUGGGAUACGCAGAGGCUACUAUGUUCACUAUUGAGAAAAUUAACAAGAAUUCCAGUAUUUUACCAAAUGUAACCAUCGGCUACGAUUUAAGAGACUACUGUGGGAGAAAUGCUCGGGCCAUGAAGAUGGCCUAUGACUUCAUGAGUAAUGGCGAUCCAGUACAUAUGUCUAACCAAAACUUGAGCACCUGCCCCACAGGCUAUGUCAAGGAAACCAAACUAAAAAAGACCAUCCCAGCGUUACUUGGCCCUUUCGAUUCCGGCAGCGCAGUGCUAAUAGGAAGUCUUCUUCAGGUUUCUGACAUUCCCGCCAUCAGCCCGAGUGCAACAAGCGAUGAGUUGAGUUCACAGAUGUACAAAGACUUUUUCAGAACAGUUCCACCAGACAAGUGGCAAGCAGAGGUCAUGGCAGACAUCAUAGAGCUUUUUAACUGGACUUACGUGGCGGCUGUUGGGUUGGAUGAUUCUUAUGGACAUAACGAGAUUUCAGCGCGGGAAAAAGAAUCCUACAACCGGAAAACAUUUUGCAUUGCUUUCUCUGAGUAUAUUCCACGGCUAGGCCAUUGGGAUAAAACAAAGCAAACUGUUCUCAAGAUUAAAAGGAGGUCUGAAAUCGCAGUGAUCAUUGUUUGGCUUUCUACCGGUUACGGAAGAGCAUUUUUUGCAGAAGCAACCGCUCAAAAUUUAGAAGGAAAGACUUGGAUACUUAGUGACGCACUAACCGCAGAUGAAAAAGAUCAUCUUGACUCUCACUUCACAAUACUAAACGGUUCCUUGGGAAUAAAGCCACGUGACUAUCCCGUUCCCGAAUUUGAGGACCACCUUAAGACGAUCACCCCUGCCAAAAGCAUUGAAAGAGGCGCAGACUGGUGGGAAGAAUUCUGGAGAUUACAAUUUAACUGUUCAGCCACAAACGCCGAUGAUUCUGAGGUCGCACUUUGCGAAGCAAAUCUGACGUUACACCAUGCGCUACAUGUGAUACGCAGUUCCUUCGUAUCGUAUGUCAUUGACGCUACUUAUACUAUUGCACAUGCCCUUGAUAACAUUUACCGCUGUUCUCAUACUAUACAUGGUACUGAUAAAAGAGGUAAUUGUCCUCUAGUAAAGCCAACUGUAAAGGGACAUGAUCUAAAGAAAUAUCUCAGCAAUAUUAGUUUUCACGACAGCACUGGCAAGGUGCGAUUUGACAAGUCUGGUGAUCCUAUAACAGCUUUCUACGACAUAAAACUUAAUAAACUUCCAGCUUGA